CCUUUAUGUUGACUCCUACUGAUGAGGAAAGUGACCACCAGCUCCUCUCUCACAACUCUCACGUAGCUGAGAGCCAAGAUCAGAAAGGAGGCAAGCAUGGAGACUCAGGCUCAACUAAUGCAGAGCCAAGUCAACAGAAUCUACAUCACGAAAGUACAAGUCACACUAACAAUGUAGACAACCCUCACCUGCCAGAGAUGCACUGUGAUACUCACACAGGUAAACAGCCUUUCAAAUGUGACACAUGUGGAAAAGACUUUCAGUAUAAAUCAUUACUAGAGAAACAUAUAAGAACCCACACAGGUGAGAAGCCAUAUUCUUGUGAAACAUGUGGGAAAAGAUUUUCUCAGAAAUCAUCAUUGGACUGUCAUAUAAUAUCCCACACAGGUGAGAAGCCAUAUUCUUGCAAAACAUGUGGGAAUGGAUUCAUGUCUAAAUCGUCAUUGGACUCUCAUAUAAGAAUCCACACAGGUGAGAAGCCAUAUUCUUGCAAAACAUGUGGGAAAAGAUUUACUCAGAAAUCAGGAUUGGACUCUCAUAUAAGAACCCACACAGGUGAGAGGCCAUAUUCUUGCAAAACAUGUGGGAAAAGAUUUACUCAGAAAUCAACAUUAGACUCUCAUAUAAGAAUCCACACAGGUGAGAAGCCAUAUUCUUGUAAAAUAUGUGGGAAUGGAUUUAGCACUAAAUCAGCAUUGAACUCUCAUAUGAGAAUCCACACAGGUGAGAAGCCAUAUUCUUGUAAAAUAUGUGGGAAUGGAUUUAGCACUAAAUCAGCAUUGAACUAUCAUCUAAGAAUCCACACAGGUGAGAAGCCAUAUUCUUGCAAAAUAUGUGGGAAUGGAUUUACUCAGAAAUCAGGAUUGGACACUCAUAUAAGAACCCACACAGAUGAGAAGCCGUUUGCAUGCAAAACAUGUAGGAAGGCUUUCAGAAGUAAUUCUCACUUGAAAAUCCACAUGAGAACCCACACAGGUGAGAAGCCAUAUUCUUGUAAAAUAUGUGGGAAAAGAUUUACUCGUAAAACAACAUUGGACUCUCAUAUAAGAACCCACACAGGUGAGAAGCCAUAUUCUUGUGAAACAUGUGGGAAAAGAUUUUGUAAUAAAUCAGGAUUGGACUCUCAUAUAAGAACCCACACAGGUGAGAAGCCAUAUUCUUGUGAAACAUGUGGGAAAAGAUUUUCUAAUAAAUACACAUUGGACUCUCAUAUAAGAAUCCACACAGGUGAGAAGCCAUAUUCUUGCAAAACAUGUGGGAAAAGAUUUACUGAGAAAUCAACAUUGGACUCUCAUAUAAGAACCCACACAGGUGAGAGGCCAUAUUCUUGCAAAACAUGUGGGAAAAAAUUUACUCAGAAAUCAGCAUUGGACUCUCAUAUAAGAUCCCACACAGGUGAGAAGCCAUAUUCUUGUAAAAUAUGUGGGAAUGGAUUUACUAAUAAAUCAGGAUUGGACUCUCAUAUAAGAACCCACACAGGUGAGAGGCCAUAUUCUUGCAAAACAUGUGGGAAAAAAUUUACUAAGAAAUCAGGAUUGGACUCUCAUAUAAGAUCCCACACAGCUGAGAAGCCAUAUUCUUGCAAAACAUGCAAAACAAAAUUCCGACGUAAUUUUCACUUGAAAGUCCACAUGAGAACGCACAGGGGGGAAAAGCUGCAUCACUGCAGCACAGAGGGUCCAGAGAUUAAAGAGUAACAGGAGGAACUAAAAGGAGUUUGACACUUCUGACUUCAGGGUUACACUCUGUAAUAAGUGUUGGAUCACACACUAUGUCUACACACUACCUCAGCAAUGAGGUCACUGAGGUUAUUUCUUCGUUAGAGGAAAAUUGUCCGUCUGUUUUGGGUUAUUGGAUUGCAAUGGGAUAGUGCUUGAUCACCUGAACGUACAGGUGUAAAUGCAGCCGUGAUAGAGGACAUGGCUGGUGGGAUGCUGGGCUUCAGAAGCUCGUGUGUAAUGCAUACUGGUACAUGCAGGCAGUCCCUGCACGGCUCCGCGAGCAGGAGAACUCAGCUUUAGGAUUCAGGGGGAUCUAUUGGCAGAAAUGGAAUAUAGUAUUCAUAACUAUGUUUUCUUUCGUCUAUAAUCACCUGAAACUAAGAAUUGUUGUGUUUUCAUUAGAUUAGAAUGAGCCCUUCAUAUCUACAUGAGGAGCGUGUCCUCUUCCACUGAGACCACCAUGUUGCCUCUUUAGUAUCCCAGAACAGACGAACCAAACUCUGCUCUAGAAAGGGUCUUUCCUGUUUUUACAUUACCGGAAGCCACUGUAGGUUCUCUCAACGCUUGCAAAAGGAGUAUUCAGUUAGUUGCACCUGCAACCUCACCGCUAGAUGCCACUAAAUCCAACACACUGGACCUUUUUAAGGGGAAAGUUUAAUGUAACCGACAAUGAUGAACAAACUGUUAACCAGAUGAAUGUUACUGCAUUGUAUGAAACUUUUUAAUUGAACAACGGUGACACUGAGCAUGGAUGAUUGUAGCAACACAAUAACACAUUAAUAUAAUGUGUUAUACUACUGCACAUUGUUUGAAGACUGACUGACAGAACAUAUUGCUGGAAAGGCCAGAAGAUAUAGAAGCUUAAGGAGAACGUAUUCAUAUCACACAUGUUAGUUACCAAGGUAGAAUGGUGCAUCACAUUUUAUGGUUUGUAAAUAAUGAAUGUCUGUAUAAAUUGUUUUGAAGAGAUGCUGUCAAGUAAUUUCUUUCUAAAUGCUGCAAACUUAUUGUGAUUUUAGAAAAAUGUAAACCAAUCAAAUGUUAACGUUCAUUAAUGUUUUCUUAUUUGUUUUUUCAGUUUUAAUUUUUUUUGUAAAUGCAUUUGUAUGAACAUGGAGAUAAUGGUGUGUGUUGUAUUUCAUGCCAAGUAAUUACAAUAAAUGAAUUUACUUCCCUUAAAGAUCUCCU